AACCGAUUUGCUUCACCGCGGCGUUAGCUCCGCCUCCUCCGCCUAUGACCGGGGUGCAGGCUCCUCCCACCGACGUCCCAGUAUGGCGGGCAUCCUGCCCGUGUCUCCGGCCGAGAGCCGCAGGCCCAGCACGCAUAGCGUGGGCAUCCUGCCCAUCUCCAUGUUUGGGGAGGGCGGUGAGAAACCGCGGAGGCCCAGUACCCAUAGUCUAGGCGUGUUCCCCUUUUCGUGUUUUGGAGAAGACAGGGACAAGCCAGACCGGCCUCGCAGAUGUAGUACCCACAGCUUAGGCCCGCUAGUGGUACCCGACUUUGACCGGCGCGGUAGCCGCGGGAGUAUAUUCGGCACGCUGGGUAUAGGCGACUUCACGGGCGGCAACUCCAGCAGUUCCUCGCACAACCAGAGGCGGCCCAGCUUCCAGGCGUUUGGCGAGAGCGUGAUGCAGCUCUUUGGCAACAAGUGACCAUGGCACGCGUCCCGUUGUUUCCCCUUCGUUGUAAAGUCCGGCACGGAAUGCACACAGCGAUGUCGACUGAUGUGGAGCUCUCUAGGGACAAGGAUUAUCAUCGCUCCCUGUAGCGGUGGGCUUGAGUAGUAGACUGGCGUGGCUGUUGGCGACUGAAACUAACUAACUGUCCCCGUUGGAUCGAGGAACUGCUACACUUUACAAUGAGACAUCGUGAAUUCCAUGUUUUUUCUCUCUCCUUUUUGUAACGAAAAACUUGCUCAAAAAUGGCUGCGUUCUUAUUCUGAGUGACAGCAAUAAUAAUGAGGGCCUAUAACUGAAUCUCAAAACAUAACAAUAACCCUUUUAUCAAUCUCCUUCACCAAAAUGUUGACAUGAUAUUUGACUUUUUUACUUUUAAGAUUAUUUCAAAGGCCAACAGAAGACAGAGUAAAUCUAGGCCGAAUAGAGAAGCUACCUCGUCGACCAUCGUGUGACUGUCAAUACGUUCGCUUCUCUUAUAUUCUAUGUUGGAACAGAACUUAAAAACACGAUCAAAAUCUGCUGUUACUCUGUCUGUCGCAAUAUUGGUGACGUCUGCGUCAUGCAAAGCAGUCUCCAUUGAAAAAUAAGAAAUAAAAUGAUGUGAAAGAUGCAAUAACAAAAUGAGCGUUAUCAAACUAUUAAAACUUACUUUUAUAACAGUCAACGGAACAGAAACAGGUUGCAGGGACUCUAUUUUUAGACAAGUCCAGUGCUGACAGAGCAAGGAUGAGUAGCUCACUGCUGUUUUCCACCAACGUUGCGUGAUCUCUACAAACAUUAAGGAAUCGAACUAAGCAAUAUAAAGAAAGAGAGAGAGAGCUAUUUCUGCUUGGCGAGCCAUGUUGUUGAGUCGUUGUGUACUAUACAUAUUGCAUAGAAUCCCUCCUGGCCUUCCCAAUAAGAUGUUAUACCAUGUUUUUGCACACACAACCCUGAGAGUUUCUCUCCGUCUCUGUCUCUCUAUCUCUCUCUUUCUGUCUCUGCUUGUUGGCCUCUCCCACCCUCUCUUGCCAAACUGUGUCCUCCUCCCCUCUAUCAGUGUUAAUUGUUUUGCACUUUUCCAAUUUAAUCAAUUUCAAACAAAAGGGACAUUUUUGCAAGUCAUUUCUGUCCACGAUAUAUUCUUAUGUUUCUUCUAAUAAUAUUAUUUACAGCAUCGUUGAUAUGUAUACAAGAAUGUCGUACUUAUAAUGCAUAAAUUCCAUUAAAUGAAGCUUAUGAUCUGGAGAGCCUUCUGUGUGUGAGUGGAUAAAAAAGAAUUGGUGACGAUUGAAAUAAACUUGAAUUUUGUUCAUUGAUUUGAGAUA